CCUCUCAWAGGGAUCUGGUUUCAUGACCUUUGCUGAAAACAACCGAUAAASGUCAGAGCGAGUCUACCAAACAUCCUAUUCUACUGCAGCAACAAAGAACGAAGAUGAACCUCUUCGGCAAAUUUGGUUUACAAUUGGUUCUUGCGACUGUGUUCCUGUGUGUAGUCGAGUCGCUUCCGCGCAGUGGACUAGCACGCUUUCGUUCAAGAUCUUUCCGUUCUUCUUCCAACGUACAGUGUGGAGGAACCAUUAGAGGUACUUCUGGAGAAAUCUCUUCACCGAACUUUCCAAGGAACUACCCGGACGAAAUUGAAUGCCGAUGGAAAAUUAUUGGAGAAAUAGGAUCUCGUAUUACACUUACCUUCAGAGAUUUUAAGGUGGAAACAAGUCAUGAAUGUGAGUACGAUUCUCUUGAGAUCUACAAUGGCGAGAGAAAAGUGGACAGUAAAAGAAUUGCCAAACUCUGCGGAGCAACGCUUCCACGGGUCAUCGUGUCAGAGGAAUCGUCUCUAUUUCUUCGCUUCCAUUCUGAUUUCUCUGUCAACUUUGAGGGAUUUCGACUGGACUUCACUCAAUCAGGCUGUAGUCGUCGAUAUACAGGUCUGAGUGGAACCRUUACGUCACCAAACCAUCCGAAUGUGUAUCCGUUGUCCGUAGACUGUACUUAUACCAUUGAAGUUCCGACAGGCAAAAGAAUUUCUCUCGCUUUUAGCCACUUUGAAGUCGAGGUAGAGGAAGAUUCCAGUGGUUGUAUAUAUGAUUACGUUCAGGUUUUUGAUGGUUCUAGUAUUGCUGAUCAUUCACUUGGCAAAUUCUGUGGUAAACGGUUACCUGCACUUGUACGUUCAACGUCCAACUUCAUGACCAUCAAGUUUGUUGCAGAUCAGUCUAUAAGCCACUCUGGGUUCAGCGCUCGAUACCAAGUUGAGACUCCAGGAAUUUUUGACCCAUGUCGUAUUAAUAAYGGUGGCUGCUCUCACAUGUGUACGAGCAGAGGGCAGAGACGCCAUUGCUCUUGCCAUCCUGGCUACGUUUUGGCCUUUGAUGAAGAAACAUGUACAGACAUUGAUGAAUGCCAAGUCAAUAAUGGUGGGUGCAGGAGUCAGUGUGUCAAUACUCCAGGCAGUUUUCACUGUGUGUGUGAAGAGGGAUAUACUCAAUCUAAGGAUAACAAAACAUGUGUCAAUAUAAACGAAUGCGCAACAAAGCAACACAAGUGUGAGCAAGUAUGCCGUGAUUCUGAAGGCAGUUACUACUGCGAGUGUCGCCAAGGAUAUCAACUGGAUACAAAUGGAUACUCUUGUAUAGAUAUAAAUGAAUGCAAGAUGSCAACAAGUUUUCACCAUUGUAAUCAAAUCUGCAUCAACACCCCGGGGAGCUACUACUGCAAAUGUCGCGAUGGAUUUAUUUUGAGUGCCAAUGGACGAAUCUGCCGAGAUCAGGAUGAAUGUAUGAUGGGUGGCGUGCAGUGUGACCAGAGGUGUAUCAACACGGCAGGUAGCUUCWKCUGCGCGUGUUUCCCUGGAUUCAGGCCCAAUACAGUGAUGCCUAACAAAUGCGUUGAUGUUGAUGAAUGUCAAGAGGGUUUGCCUGAUUGUCAUACUUGUGUUAACUCAGAAGGAAGUUUUCACUGUCUUUGUGAUAAGGGUUACAUAGAAGCCGAUAACCGUACCAGAUGUAAAGAUAUUGAUGAGUGUAUGAAAAACAAUGGUGRAUGUUCGCAACUGUGCGUCAAUACUGCAGGAGGCUACCACUGCAAGUGUGAAGCUGGUUACAAUGCUACUGAUUCAGAGUCCCGCAAGUGUACAGAUAUCAACGAGUGCGCAUCGCAUGAUGGGAAGGGUGACUGUGAUCACAUGUGCACCAACACCGCGGGCUCAUUCAAGUGCUCCUGCCAUGCUGGAUAUUUCUUGACAGAAGAUGGACUAACGUGUCAAGAUAUUGAUGAAUGUAAAGUACUUAACGGGGGAUGUAAACAGAAAUGUGUUAACUUCCCUGGGAACUUUACGUGCGCCUGUCAUGAUGGGUAUUUAACUAUAGGAAAGAAUGGAUCGGACUUCAUCUGUCAGGAUAUAGCUUUCAUUGUCAGUGUCUGUCUGGAUAUACUUUAGAUGCCAAUGGCAAAACAUGUACUGAUAUCGAUGAAUGCAGUCAAGGGAUGUGUGAGAGAGAAUGCAUCAAUAUACAGGGUAGCUACCUUUGUAUGUGUCCUGAUGGAUAUGAAUUGGCUCCAGACAAACGUCACUGCAGAGACAUUGAUGAAUGUUCAAGCAAUAAUGGGGACUGUGACCAGAUAUGUGUCAAUACUAACGGCAGCCACCAUUGUCGAUGCAAAAGUGGAUAUGAACGGCUAGGGGACCAGAAGACAUGUAGAGACCUGGACGAGUGUAGCAUCAACACAGCCUGCUGUAACCAAGGGUGUGUUAACACCGAGGGAGGGUACAACUGCACUUGCUCAAAGGGGUUUACUCUGACCAGUAGAUGUACCUGUACUGAUAUUGAUGAAUGCGCGGUAAGAAAUGGUAAUUGUCAACAGAUCUGCACGAACAAGCCUGGUAACUAUGGUUGUUCCUGUUCUCCCGGUUUCUUAGUUGAUUCGCUGGAUCCCACACGUUGUCAAGAUAUCGAUGAAUGUAAAACGGGUAACGGUGGUUGCCAACACAACUGCACUAACACCAUAGGUACAUACCAGUGYACCUGCCACCCAAAGUUUAAACUACAGGCCGAUGGCAAGUCGUGUGGACAUUGCCCGACUUGCGAUGAUUUUGAGUCGUUACUUCAAACCGUGCAAAUCUUAAAGAAACAGGUGGCAUCUUUAGAGGCGUGGCGCCAGAGUAUUCAUCGUGGUUGUAUUGAUGACAACUUUGACUUUCAUCCAGAGGACAGCUCAUGGAAAAUAACUUCCUGUAUUAUUUGUUCAUGUGAGAAAGGCAAGAUUAUGUGUGAGCCCAUAAUGGGAUGUAAAGCUUCCGACGAAAUAACCAUCAGUACUGAAAAACCCCAGGAUGUUCACUCACAACCCGUUACUCCUACUAAAGUGACAACUGAUGAUGAUGAUGAGCCCGGCUCUGCGAGCACUGGUACUAGAGCUAAUGAAGAGGACCCGUUGUUCACCAUCAACAGGAGACGGCAGUGAUUAUUGUAGGUCUGGAGGUCUACACAACCUAGCGUCAAAAAGGGUAGUAAUAAUAGUUGCACAUUGUUGAUAUAGUUUAAUAAGGGAGCUAUGAUAAAGAGAAUUAAGGCAAAAUGAAAACAAUUAUAAAUGCAUGAAUAAUAUGGACGAAAAGCARCAAUAUUAAUCUGUCCUUUGAUUUAAUCUACGUCCAAAAAUUGUACUUGUUGUAGUUUUUUUAGCGGCAAAAGGAAAAAAAACUAAUCUAAAUUAACACCAAAAGAUUACUUAGUACUCGACAAACGAGUACUCAGUAAUAAAGUGUAAUGCUUAAGCAUUUUAUUCGAAAAUUCUUGGCGUUUUUAAAACCUCGCAUGCAUUUCGCUUAAGGGACGUAAGGCUAAUGARGUGUUUGCGGGCCGGAAUGGAACGAAAUCAUCAUCAGAGCUCUUUUUUCACUUAAAUUUUCAAAGAUUUAAACAGUGAAAAAUUGAAGCGAAGCCAGAGGAAAAUCGUCCUUAAUGAACUUAGAUUAGUCAGUUCUUCUUUUAAAACAACGGCGUUCAUUKUCUUUUGUGUUUUAUCUGAGCGUCCACAAGAAAUUGCAUUAUCUCAUAAUGGUAAACAUUUUUGUUCAAUUAUU